GAUCCCAGACGGCAGAUACACUCAUCGCGGAACGCAUGACGAUCUCAAAUGCUUUUGUCAGGAACAUGGAUACAAAUUCAUAAAUGCCGUCUCGAUGGCUGCCACUGCCACGAUGGCCCUCGACAGUCAGUCUGGCGGAAGAGGACCAUUCAUGCUGAGAUUUUUAGAAGCUGCAGCCGCUGUAGGCGGACUAUUGUUGGCUUGCUGCGGCGUUCCGCUGUUAUAUGGCGUGGCGUGUCAGGUCGUGCCUUCUUACGGACAAGCAAUCGAUUGGCUUGUACAGAAGCGAGCUCGGGCAGAAAGCUCUCCAACUGAGGACGUCGGAAAGGAGGAACAGGUCAUUCGAGCCAACGUGGAAGUCGCUCUAGCCAAGCAGGACGUAGUUCGACUAAAGAAUGAGCUGGCUCAGGCGAGACAGGCGAAAUCUCAGGCGGAGAAUGAAGCGACUCAGGCAAGAAGAGAAGCGAGAAUGCUUCGCAACGAGAACAUAAGUCGAAGGCUGUAAGCCAGUCUUGCAAGAAAACGGCGAAGUCAUCAUUGUCGUCGGAAGACGUUAAUGAGUAUGCUACGGUCGACUCCUCCGAUCACCGAUUUUGGACGGCUAAGCAGUCGAGAUGUCUUGGUCGUGCUUGUCAGCGGUCUGGAGUUUUUUCGAAAAUCUCAUCUCAAUAGCAAGCUUGGUCAUUUUGAGGCCCCAGAGCAAUAUCUCGCUCUAUGAGUGUAGGCUGUUAAGUCCAAAGGUUUUCUCAACUC